AUGCCUAAAGAAGAAUACUUGGCAAUUGAUGAACAAAUGAUUCCUACCAAAGCACGUACUUCUGGUAUGAGGCGUUAUAAUGCCAAAAAACCACACAAAUGGGGCUACCUCAAUUAUGUGCUAAGCGGAGCCAGUGGCUUUAGCUACGAUUUUGAGGUUGAUACUGGAAAACACCCUGAUCCGCCAGAGAACUGCCCUGACCUCGGAAUACCAGGAAACAUUGUCCAGCGUUUGUUAAACACUGUUCCUCAAAAUCUUAAUUAUAAAAUUUUUGUGGACAAUUGGUACACUAGUUUGCCUUUGAUGGCCAACUUGCAUAAAAAAAGGACUCCUUCCUUUAGGAACAAUUCAGCUCAAUAG